AAGCCCGUGGCGAAAGGCGGCAAGAAGAAGAAGCAGGUGCUCAAGUUCACGCUGGACUGCACGCACCCCGUGGAGGACGGCAUCAUGGACGCGGCCAACUUCGAGCAGUUCUUGCAGGAGAGGAUCAAGGUUAACGGCAAGGCUGGCAACCUGGGCGGGGGAGUGGUGACCAUCGAGAGGAGCAAGAGCAAGAUCACCGUCACUUCAGAGGUUCCUUUUUCAAAGAGGUACCUCAAGUACCUCACCAAGAAGUACCUGAAGAAGAACAACCUGCGCGACUGGCUGCGCGUGGUGGCCAACAGCAAGGAGAGC